AUGCCUACAUGCGUUUGGACGCAUUUCAUUUUGGUGGAAGAGGUGGACUUACCAUUGAUUCGCCAGCAAACUGCCCGCAAGUCAGCUGGAGGAAAGGCUCCUCGUAAGCAGCCCUCUACCAAGCAAGCUAAGAAGAGUACCAGUGCUGCUGCCGGCGGUGUGAAGAAACCUCAUCGUUUCCGUCCGGGCACUGUUGCCCUUCGUGAAAUCAGGAAGUAUCAGAAGUCCACAGAGCGCAAACUUCCCAUUAUUCAGCCUAAGGAUUUGGCUCUUGCUCGACGAUUGCGCGGGGAGAGGACUGCCUGA